AGCCACUGGCUCAAACAGCAGGUCAUCCCUGCCUGUUGGUAUUUUAAAUCCAGUUCCAUAGAAACAUGUUCUUCAUAUUCGCAGCCCUUGCGCUGCAACUGGCAAGCAGCGCAGAGUACAAGAGAGAGGCGCAGUCCGUCGCUGCCAAUGGCCAAGUCGAGCCGCAUCAUAGCUACGUGCGCCGCGAGAGCCGGGAGAAGGAGAGCCUCAUGCACCAGGAGCCUGAGCCUGUGAACACUGUCGUCCAGAGAGCGACAGAAGCGGUCUCCACGCUCACCGUGAAGGCUGGGGAAGACAAGACCGUUGGCGUGUGGAAGGAUGAAGAAAAGGAAGCAUCCCUCGCCAUGUCACUUGCCCUUUUGGCGUCCAUCGGCUUCGUCCUGGCAGUGUUCUGUAUGGUGAGCAGCUCGAAUUCCCACUUGAAGGUGUCUACUUGGAGAGUGCUGGUUUCGAGCAUCUCGCUCUUCUCCGUGGUGCUGAUCUUCAUGGCCGCGAAGAAGCUGUGGAAGGUGGUUGUGGGCACGACAGAGUCUGAUGAGGCCAAAGUCGUCAGCGACUUCUUCUCCUUCUUCCGUUUCCUCGCGCUCCUGUUCGCGAUCCCACAGUUGCUGAAAUCCCGCAUGGACAACGAGAACCUAAAGCACUGCGCCCAAAUUGCAGGUGUGCACCUCAUUGGCUUCGCAGGUGCCGACGCCUUCACUGACGUUCUGAAGCAGGACGCCUUCAACUCGAGCCCCUAUUAUUAUCUCUGCGGCGUGGUUGGCACAGCAGCGUGCCUAGGCGUCCUUACAUGGGGUACCACCAAGCUGAGAAGGCGAUCUGGGGAAUCUGCUUCGGGCGCAGAGGCCGCGGCGCCAGCGGCGCCAGCGGCGCCAGCGGAGGCGCCAGCUGCGGCAGCAGAGGCGGAGGAGACCCCACUUGUCAGCGACGCGCCGGCUUCACCCUGGAUGCAGCUGGUCGAAAAGAUGGAGAUUCAAGCAACUGGAUUUGUGGUUGGGUUCCUGAUUUCGAUGUGGGUACGCUUUGCCGUCACUGGUGCCGUCCCAGGCGCCAGAUAUGGACGCAAAGUGACUGGGGAUGAUGUGCCAAGCGCUUGGAUGCUCUUGGCGCUCGCGCCCGUCUUUCUUCACAUGUUGACCAGAAUGUCUUGUGGCUCGCCCCACGCGAGGAGUUACCUAUAUGGAUAUGCCAUGUUCACGGCUGCCUGUGCAGUUGGCAUGGAAUGGGCAGUGAUUCCACAUGUCAACGGGCGCGAAGGUCAGGCGGUGCUCAAGCGGGCAAUGAGGACGGUCUCAGAAAGCCUUUGGAUGGCAUUGGCUUGGCUGGUAUUUUAUGGCAGCCAGUGGGUUCUGUGGCACAUGACGGCCGACGAGUCCGGGACCCACCACACGGCCAAGCUGACGGCCUCCAACGGCUUGGCAUUGGUGGGCUCCGCCAUGGUUUUCGUGCCGAUGAUUGCUGGACAGAUGAUGAAUAGCAUGCGCUGGAUGGUGUGGGAAACCUUUGUGAGCAUGGCCGCGCUGAUCCUCGCCUUCUCGUGGGAAACAGCAGUCUACAUGGCUGUCCAGGGUUCGGCAGAGAGCAUAGAAGGUGAUUCAGAGAAAAAGCUGGUGGGCAUGCUCAAUAUCCUUUCCAUUCUUGCCAUCAUCCUGCCUGGGUGGUACCUCUACAUGUUGCCCUUGGCCCGCGAGGAACCAAAGGCAGAGGGUGCGGAGGGCGAGAAGGCUGAGGCAACCAAAGAUACCAAAGAUACCAAAGAUACCAAAGUCCCAGAGGCCAGCGAGGCCUCGUAAAGCUCUUCGAGGUCCUGAAAUUGGCUUGUGCUCGUGCAUUCGGUGCUUUCGGUCUGAAAUCUGCAUCGGCAGAUGGCUUUGUGUCGCGGAUCCAUCCCGCAACGGUGCGCAGAGCGCGCCAGCAUUUGCACGGCGCUGUGCUAAUCUUCCUUAUGCAGUUCAGAACGAAUGUAUCAGCUUGAUGCGCAAGCCGUACAAGCCCCAUGACUCCAUGACACCGCAUCAACAGGAUACAAGGG